GGAGUAGUUGUGUUCUGUCAGACCGAGAUCGCGUCGCAGGGAAGUGAGUUGUGCUUCUUACAAACAGAUGUUGCCUACGGCCCCGCUCUCGCAGUACAGCGCGUCCAGCAGGGCGCAGUUGGCAGGGCCAGGGCCUGUGCGCGGUGCAAAAGACAUCUGGGAGGUGUUGGGGGGCCCAGGCGGGCUGGAAGAGCCCAGAGGUGCCGUCCGCAGCCUCGGCGAAGCGAGGAGCCGGGGCUGUCAUCACGCGUCUUGGCUCUGGGCUGGCAGUUUGUAGGUCCCUUGCAGGGAGCCUGGAAAAAACUUCAGUAGUGCUGUUAACACUGAUGAGAGAUCUUUUAUGCCAAGAUCGUCGGUGUCUGAACAGACCACACCAUGCGUGAGUACAAGCUAGUGGUCCUUGGUUCAGGAGGUGUGGGGAAGUCCGCCUUGGUGAGUCGCUUAGGAAGUGGUCCUGAAACCACUGCAUGAGCUUCCAGACUGGCCUGUCUCACUGCAGGCAUUACUCAUUGAACGUAUUGGGAUGUUUGUACUACUUUUAUUAUGUGCAGUGACUUCCAGGUAGCCAUGGUUAGGCUGCUGAAGGAUCUGUGAAUUCGUGUCAGUUUUUGGAGAAGAAACAGGUGAUUCAUCACUGUUAGAACAGUUAGCAUUUCAUGUUUGCUUUCUGCGGAUGUGUAAUACUGUAAAUAACUGAACGUCCCUAAGUAUGAAAAGCCUAGCCUAGGCUAGAAGGAUGAAUCAAGACUUGCCCUGCGUAGCUGUGGAUUGGCGAUGGCUGCAUCCGAGGAGCACACCUUGAAGGUGGUUUAUUUUCCGUCACGGACGGAGCCUGAAGGAGCUGUCUGGCCUUGAAACCCCAGAGUGGAAUAGCAAGCUGCCUCCAGGCAGAGCAGAGGGACAAGCAGACAGAUGACACUUUGCACUCCUUAAGUGCUUGUGUUGUUUCUAAUAAGAGGUUUACAUAGCAGAGUUGAUAGUAAAGCAUUGUAAGAGCGGUUUCUGUCACCCAUUUAUCACAAAUCAGUCAAGCAGCUCGCCCCAACAAGAAGGGCAAAGAACUGGUCAAGUGUAAAGUUAUGUAAGACAAGGAAACACACCAUGUUCCUUUUCACAGAGGGUGAUAGCUGACCAGCCGUUAAUUUCGUAGAUUGGUGCUUCUUUCACUGUUUUUUAUUCUGCUGAUAGGGGCUGCUAAUAGUCUUGUCAAAUCACCUGCAGAAUCUAGGUGAAUGAGAGGAAAGAUUGUUCAAUUAUGUAUCACAUUUGAGGUACUCUUUCAGAGAUCCCUUCCUAAUAUUUACAAGAUGUAGGAGUAAAAAUUUUUGAUACUCUGUUCUCCCACAGCAACUUAAGUGAUCCCCAUUGCUUUUUCCAUGAGCAUUCUCCUUGAUUGUCUUGGUUUUAUUACGUAAUAUUGAAGGAUUUGCUAGGUAAAACAGGGCGCUUCUGAAUAUGCUGUGCAUAAAAUCUCUUCAGCACAUGAAGUACUUUGAAUUUCCUCAUUUCUGGUAUAAAGUUCUGAGUCCCCAUUCAUCAUUGGCCUUUUUAAAAGUUGAAACGUGAAUACUUAAUUUUUCAAAAUACUUACUAUAGUUUUUUUUUCCAAAAUUUAUUCUCAAAAAGUUCUGGAGACUGUAUUUUCCUUUAUCGUGUAUGAUGAGUUUGUGUACUCCCACCUGUAGAGAUACAAAUUGGGUUAAAUCACUGAGGACCCUAAUUUUUGUAGGUACAUACUGCUGGUGGGUUGAUUGUGAAAAGGCUGGUAAACCAAAGUUAAGUUCCAGGUGCUAAGUAAGCACGUAUUGUAAUUCAUAUGCAGUGUUGAUCCAUUAUGAUUAUGGCAGGACAGUAAGUGCCAAUUAGUAGCUGAGGGAGAAUAAUAUUUAGCUUACAAGAUGACCAACUUUAUUGACAGGUAUUGGCAAGGUGGGACUUAAAAUUAUAUGGAGGUCACUUUAAAAUUUCUUUCUUCAAACUGCAGAAGCUGAAUACCCAACAAAGAGCAUGGUGUUUGUUUUCAGUUCUGUGUUUUCACUGGGAGUGCAGAUUACAAUAUGCUCUUGUUUCGCUACGAAUCCUCCUCGCUGUUUUAACUCCUGUGGGUUAAGUUAGUUUUCUUUCUCAGCAGUACUGCAUUUGGGAAUAUGAAAUAAGACUCUGUGAGUUUUAGCAGAAAGACAAAAUGUCACAAGUGGUUUGUCACAUUCUCUUGCUGAAGGCUGGUUCACAAACAGGAAGAAAGUUCACGGGGUGCAGCUGUACAGCUCGGACCGACUUCAGUGUCCAAGCGUUAGCCUCCUAGCAAAUAGCAAUCUUCUUUGGACUCGGUUGGGUUAAUAACUGUGCUGAAAAUCCUACAACACAAUCUGUAAUCUGAAAUUCUUAGUUGCCAUUAUUGGUAUAACAUUAUAAACCCACUAAUAAUGGUGUCCUACACAGUGGCUUUGAUAAGUCCCGUUAUCUGAAAGGUUUGGGGUGACAGGAAAAUAUUGGAGAAGCAAAAGCUUUGAUCCUUAGGUUCAGGCUUAUUAAUACAGGAUUAUUUAGUGAAAUAGGAUGGUUUUUGAAUGAGAUAGUACUAGAUUUUAUUUAAUUUUUUUAUGUUAAAAGAAGGAGCAUAAUAAGGAAAUGCUCAGUUUUCAGCACACACAGAGGCUUUCUGCAUGCAUAUGGUACGUGCCACUCUUUGAAAGUCUUUGUGUGGCAAAAGGGAACCCUGCUGCAGAAAAAUUUCAGCCUUUUGUCCAAACAAAAUACAACCUCUUGAAACAGGUAGUGACUUGGCAGAAUUUGUACUAAAGAUUUGUGGAAAGCUCUGUUGGCAAAAGAUAGUUGCUGUGUUUGUUGAUAUUUAAAGAGAUAAAAUUAAGUGCUGUGAUCUUGGCACUUGGUUUUACCAUCAUCAGCCAAACCUCUGGACCCACCCGUGCUGCACUCGAGGUGAGUGCGGACGCCGUAGGUGAGAGCACGGCGCUGCGCCCGGCCAGAGAUGGGGAGAGCCUGGGGCUCUGCAGCCACAGCUCGCUGAGCUGAGCCAGGGAGUGCUUGGAGCAGCAGUCGUUGCAUGGGAAUAAAUUGCAAACAACUAACACUGUCGCUAGCAUUACAAAGAUAAACUAUUCCAGCAUUUACCCAACUGGUACCAGUAUGGAUCUGUCUGGUCUCACCUGGGUGUUGCUGAUUCCCAGCGCUGCGCCGGAGGAGGACAGACGACUGUUUAGGUGCAGGGAACGUGCAGGGUUGCAAGUAAGAGGAGACACCAAAGAGAAAAGUGUUCUUCCUAUUUAUGAAGAGAAGGUACCGAAAAGGAAAAGCAAACUGUGUCUUCCAGAGGACAAGUGAAACCACAGACCAGCAGGAGCCAAAGUAUGCCACGUACGGAGCUUGAGUGUCCAGAGAUGGGGCGCAUCCAAAUGACAGCUUGAUGGGAAAUGCUUGGAGUAGAUUCACUUGGAAUAAUUAUAUAGGAGAAGAAAGAUUUCCUCUUUGAAAUGAAUAAUGUCUCCUUCUUUAAUGAUUUAAUACAAACUGAGUAUCUGGAGACUCUCCAGAUUUAGCUCACUACUCUGAAAUACGUCUGUGCUCUGUGUGUAAUCCAGAGUAGUUCCACUGUAACUCUAACACAAUUGAAAUCUGCAUUUUCCAUAGCACACAUAUUGCCAGUUCCUCUGAUCAAAUUUCACGUCUUCCAUAUUUGGUGCUUUUUUAAUUCUUCUGAAGUCAUAGACACUAAAAGAAAAGCAUUUUAGAGAAUGCCUUUAUUUUUGAGAUGCCUUCAUCUUUUAUGAAGAAAUAAGCAAACAAUUUGUCUCGCAUGGUUUUGAAAUGUGCUUGAGUAGUGGCUCAUAAAACAGCAGAAACUAUGCAGAUUUCUUUUUAAAUAAUUGAAAAUGUGUGUAUUUUUCUCUUCUCCCCACUUGAAGUUUAUCAGCAGCGUUGAGUGUUUUUUCUGCUUUAAUUGUUCAGAAAGUGUUUCUUGGUUACUGUCACAGUUACUUCACUUUUUUUUUCUCUCUCCCCAGACUGUACAGUUCGUUCAGGGAAUUUUUGUUGAAAAAUAUGACCCAACAAUAGAAGAUUCAUACAGAAAGCAAGUGGAAGUAGACUGUCAACAGUGUAUGCUUGAAAUCCUCGAUACAGCAGGGACAGAGCAAUUUACAGCAAUGAGGGAUCUCUAUAUGAAGAAUGGUCAAGGGUUUGCACUAGUAUAUUCAAUAACAGCACAGUCCACGUUUAACGACUUACAGGACCUGCGGGAACAGAUUUUACGGGUUAAGGACACUGAAGAUGUUCCAAUGAUUCUGGUUGGCAAUAAAUGUGACCUGGAGGAAGAACGUGUUGUCGGCAAAGAACAGGGUCAAAACUUAGCGAGACAGUGGUGUAACUGUGCCUUUCUAGAAUCGUCUGCAAAGUCUAAAAUCAAUGUUAAUGAGAUCUUUUAUGACCUGGUCAGACAGAUAAAUAGAAAAACACCAGUGGAAAAGAAGAAGCCUAAAAAGAAAUCAUGUCUGCUGCUUUAGACUCCCAUCGUGCAGCAGCUCUGAGCCAGAUUGCAGGAAUGAAGAACUGUUGCCUAAAUGGAAAGUGCCAGCAUUCCCGACGUCAAAACCUUAUGGAAAUUAGCAACAUAUCUGAAGAUGCUUCUCCUGUUUUUAUAUACCAUGAGAAGAAUUUAGAUCUUAAAAUGGUUUGCACACAGUCCCUGGAAAAACAAAUUGCUCUGUGUAUAUCUCUUGGAAAUUUAAGACAAUAGUAUUUCUCCUUUGCAAUAGCAGUUAACAGAUGUGAAAAUAAAUAUAAUUGACUCUAGUGUAUGAUUAUACAAAGGAGCAUGGAUGCAUUUCAAAUGUUAGAUAUUGCUACUAUAAUUAAAAUUUCAUAUUGACCCUUUUACCAUAAUUUCUCCCCAUCAAGCACUAAAAAUGUUCCACCAUUAUAUAUUAUAUCUAUAACUAUAGAUAUAUAUUACCUAAAAUUUCCCUUUGAACUCACAGCAACAAAUAACUUUUUGAGUCAUUGACUUCAUUUUAUAUUUAAAGGUUACAGAAUAUCAUUAUUUUCAUUCUGCCAUUAUAUUCUAAUUAAAAAUGUUUGUGCAUAAUGCUUUGGAAAAAUGGGUCUUUUAUAGGAAAAAACUGGGAUAACUGAUUUCUAUGGCUUUAAAAGCAAAAAUAUAUAAUAUACUAAACCAACUCUAAUAUUGCUUCUUGUGUUUUACUGUCACAGAUUAAAUUACAGCUUUUAUGAAUGAUUAAAUUUUAGUACAUUUUCAUUUUGUUUCUGUGUUUUUGUUAUGGUUUCCAGACUUUGGUUUUUAUCAAUGUUUUGUGAAUUCUUUUUCCAUUCUGGUAGAUCAUUGUUGCAACAGAUACCAACAGUAUGUCGUUACGCCAAUGCGAUGUCUUCACACACCCUCCUUGUUGGAUGUACUUAAUCAUAUUACACACUAAAGUACAGAAGGCUACUUUUAAUUAGCUUUGUAUGUUCUUCUGAAUAUUUAAAGAUUGUAUUCUGCUGAAAAUAUUUCCUCUGUACAAUUAUUUUUAUAUGUACAAAUUUGGUUUAAUACUGUAUCAAGGUCUGACUUCACUGUCAUCUUCAGUUUCACACAGCUGUGUCCUUCACCAGUAGAAUCCUUACUUUAGCAGCGUCGUCCUGCCGGGCAGGAGCCCACAGGGGAUGUUACAUACGGUCAGCAUCUCGAGACGAAACUGGGGAGUUGAAUGUUGGUUCUGACUAAAUGCGAUUUCAACAAAGCAAACAGCUGCUUUGCAUUUUUAGGUAAAAUCUGGCUAACGUUACCUGAUCUGCAGUCAGAUGAAGGGUUGUUUGUUUUUCUUUUUUCCAUUUCAACUUGUUUGGUUUGUUUUUAAAUACCUGUUGGUUUCAUCAAGUUUAAAAGAGCAGGGUAUGAAGAGACCGCUGGGUGCUCAGCCUCGAUCCUCCUGUGCAUAUGCAAGUAAAAGAACUGCCUUUGGGACCCGUUGGACCCAAAUCACAUCUUCAGUUUGAUGCUGCUGAAAUUCCCUCAGUGUUGGAGGAUUUGCUCCUGCUUCACUUCUGAGUAAGUGAGAAGAGAAAUGUAUCUUCACAGUGGAGAAAACUCGGGACGGACUCUGUCCUGAUUGUUUAAAUGGGAAAUCAAGAUGUAAUAGCUGGUAAACAUUUGUUCCUGGAGUUGUAUAGUUUUAUUGGAAACCAGGGUUGAGAAAUCUCUAUAAAUGUGUUUUUCUAAAACUGUUACUGAUGCAGCUGUUGAAUUAUACAGAGAUCCCAGUUUCUAAAUGCAGCCCAAACAAGACUGGAUGAGAAUAUUUGGAUGACAAUAAUGUGAAAACAUCUGCCUACUUAAAAGUUGCUAGGACAAACUUAGUUACGUAGCUGAUUGUCUUCAACCUACCGCUGCGCUUCCUUUUUCAGGAGGAGCAGAAGCAUGGUAUUUGCAGGUUGGUUAUCUUUACUAAAUGUAAAAAUAUUUUAGUAAUAAAGUAAUUUUAAUGUA